AUGGCGCCAACUACUCGUGAUCACGGAGAGAAGGAGUCCACGUACGGAUUCGUGUAUGGAGUCUCCGGACCUGUCGUGACAGCUGAGAAAAUGGCCGGGUCUGCGAUGUACGAGCUGGUGCGUGUCGGACACGGCGAAUUGGUCGGAGAGAUCAUCCGUUUGGAGGGAGACUUCGCCACCAUUCAAGUAUACGAGGAAACUUCCGCUGUGACGAUUGGAGAUCCAGUGCUGCGAACGGGAAAGCCGCUUUCCAUUGAGCUUGGCCCUGGCAUUAUGGGAUCGAUUUUCGACGGAAUUCAACGGCCACUCAAGGACAUCGCCGAUCUCACGCAAUCAAUCUACAUUCCAAAGGGAGUCAACACAAAUGCGCUCUCGCGUGAUGCUCGUUGGGACUUCGAGGUGAACAAGAACAUGCGUGUUGGAGCUCACGUUACCGGAGGUGACAUCAUCGGCACAGUGAAUGAGAAUCUCCUCAUCAAGCAUAAGAUCCUGUUGCCGCCGAAUGCUUGCGGAACGGUCACUUUUGCCGCUCCGUCGGGACAAUACACUGUUACGGAUGUUCUCCUCGAGGUCGAAUUCUCCGGUGAUAAAAAACAAUUCUCUAUGCUUCAAAUCUGGCCUGUGCGUAACCCGAGACCGGUGAGCGAGAAAUUGGCGGCGAACAAUCCACUUCUUUGCGGUCAACGUGUAUUGGACGCUCUUUUCCCAUGUGUGCAAGGAGGAACCACGGCCAUCCCCGGAGCGUUCGGUUGUGGAAAGACUGUGAUCUCGCAGUCGCUCUCGAAAUACUCAAACUCGGAUGCGAUCAUUUACGUCGGAUGCGGAGAGCGUGGAAACGAAAUGUCUGAAGUAUUGCGAGAUUUCCCGGAGUUGACGAUGGAGGUCGAAGGAAUCACCACAUCGAUCAUGAAACGUACGGCCCUUGUCGCGAACACAUCGAACAUGCCUGUGGCCGCUCGUGAAGCUUCGAUCUACACUGGAAUCACCCUCGCUGAAUAUUUCCGUGACAUGGGUCUCAACGUGGCUAUGAUGGCCGAUUCGACAUCCCGAUGGGCCGAAGCUCUUCGUGAGAUUUCAGGACGUCUUGGAGAAAUGCCGGCCGAUUCGGGUUACCCAGCCUACCUUGCCGCUCGUCUCGCCUCUUUCUACGAACGUGCCGGAAAAGUGCGAUGCUUAGGAAAUCCGGAACGCGAAGGAUCGGUCACCAUUGUCGGAGCCGUAUCGCCUCCUGGUGGAGAUUUCGCCGAUCCCGUCACGGCUGCCACUCUUGGUAUUGUACAGGUGUUCUGGGGUCUCGACAAGAAACUCGCUCAACGCAAGCAUUUCCCAUCGAUCAACUGGCUCAUCUCAUACAGUAAGCCACUUGUUACAAUGAAAGGGGAGAUUGUU